GUUGUGUAAAAAGCACGCCCCUCCCAGUCCCCAUUGGUUCCUGCUUUUCUGACAAGGCUGUGUAAAUGUAGAAGUGAUCUGGGAGGAGGACCAAAGGUUCUUUGAUGGGGGGUGGAGUCCCAGCUGGUUGGGACCUCCACAGAGAACAUCUCCUCACUCAUAUCUACCUGAUCCAGAUGGAAUCUUGAUGGAAGUGAACUAACCCUCUCAGAUCUAUUGAUGAUGUCUUUCUAUUUUUCCAGGACACGCCAUGGAGAAACCCUCAAAGGAUCGUCUCACUUUAUCUCCAGGUUGUAAAAUGGAAGAUGAGGACAUCCCAGGAGAUUGUGGAGGAGAAAAGACAAUGAGCUCCACUAUGGAUGGAGGACUUCACAGUGUGGAUAGACCAUGGAAUCCCUCCGACUCUGAGCAACCUCGUACUGUGAGGGGUGGUGACGGGAGUCAGGGGGAGGGGAAACCUUCAUUUCCUGAAUGUGAGGAAAGUUCUAGCUCUGAAUUAAGUUGUUUUAAGCAUCAGAGAUCUCACACAGGGGAGAGACCGUAUUCCUGUCCUGAGUGCGGGAAAUGUUUUUCAGAGAAGUCCGAUCUUUACGUCCAUCAUAGAACUCACACAAGGGAAGAGGUGCAUUCCUGCUCUGAGUGCGGGAAAUGCUUUAAAUGCAAAUCAGAACUUGUCAAACAUCAAAUAUCACACACAGGGGAGAGAUCAUAUUCCUGUCCUGAGUGCGGGAAAUGUUAUCCACUGAAAUCAACGCUUGGCAGACAUGUGAAAACCCACACAGGUGAGAAGCCGUAUUCCUGUUCUGAGUGCGGGAAAUGUUUUGCAGAGAAGUCCCGUCUUUACAUUCAUCUUAAAAUUCACACUGGAGAGAAGCAGUACACCUGCUCUGAGUGCGGGAAAUGUUUUCUACAGAAACCAGAGCUUGACAGACAUAAAAUUUCUCACACAGGGGUCAAACCUUAUUCCUGUUCUGAAUGCGGUAAAUUUUUUACGCAGAAAGCAACACUUGUCAUACAUCAAAAAUCCCACACCGGUGAGAAGCCAUUUUCCUGCUCUGAGUGCGGGAAAUGUUUUACAAUGAAAUAUGAACUUGUCAGACAUCAAAUAACUCACACAGGGGAGAGACCGUAUUCCUGUUCUGAGUGCGAGAAAUGUUAUCAGUGGAAAUCAGAACUUGUCAGACAUCAAAGAACUCACAGAGGGGAAAAGCCGUAUACCUGCUCUGAGUGCGGGAAAUGUUAUCUACAUAAAGUAGAACUUGACAAACAUCAAACUUCUCACACAGGGGUGAGACCAUAUUCCUGUCCUGAGUGCGGGAAGUCUUUUCCGCUGAAAUCAACACUUGUCAGACAUGUAAAAACCCACACCGGUGAGAAGCCGUAUUCCUGUUCUGAGUGCGGGAAAUGUUUUGCAGAAAAAUACCAUCUUUACGUCCAUCAUAGAACUCACACAGGGGAAAAGAAGUAUACCUGCUCUGAGUGCGGGAAAUGUUAUGACCGGAAAUCAGAACUUGACAGCCAUCAAACUUCUCACACAGGGGAGAGACCGUAUUCCUGUCCUGAGUGCGGGAAGUCUUAUAUGCGAAAAAUAACACUUGUCAGACAUCAAAGAUCUCACACGGGGGAGAAGCCGUAUACCUGCUCUGAGUGCGGGAAAUGUUAUCUACGGAAAGUAGACCUUGACAGACAUCAAACUUCUCACACAGGGGAGAGACCGUAUCGCUGUCCUGAGUGCGGGAAGUCUUAUCCGCUGAAAAUAACACUUGUCAGACAUCUUAAAACCCACACUGGUGAGAAGCCGUAUUCCUGUUCUGAGUGCGGGAAAUGUUUUCCAGAAAAAUCCUUUCUUUACAUCCAUCAAAGAACUCACACAGGAGAGCAGUACCCCUGCUCUGAGUGCGGGAAAUGUUAUCUAACGAAAGGAAAACUUGACGAACAUCAAACUUCUCACACAGGGUUGAGACCGUAUUCCUGUCCUGAGUGCGGGAAGUCUUAUCCGCUGAAAUCAACCCUUGGCAGACAUGUGAAAACCCACACCGGUGAGAAGCCGCAUUCCUGUUCUGAGUGCGGGAAAUGUUUUGCAGAGAAAUCCCAUCUUUACGUCCAUCUUAGAAGUCACACAGGGGAGAAGCUGUAUACCUGCUCUGAGUGCGGGAAAUGUUGUCUAACGAAAGCAAAACUUUUCAGACAUCAAAGGUCUCACACAGGGGUGAGACCGUAUUCCUGUCCUGAGUGCGGGAAGUCUUUUCCGCAGAAAUCAACACUGAACAGACAUCUAAAAUCCCACACCGGUUAAGAAGCCGUAUUCCUGUUCUGAGUGCGGGAAAUGUUUCCCAGAGAAGUCCCAACUUUACAGCCAUCAUAAAUCUCACACAGGGGAAAAUAAAUAAUAAUAAAGAUGAAAAAAGUAAUUCUUCCUUGUUUGCGGGAAAUGUUCCACUGAAAUCAGAACUUGUCACACAUCAAAGUUUUUACAUGAGUGAGAAGUCGUAUUCCUGUCCCCAGUGUGGGCAGUGUUAUCCGCAGAAAUCAACACUUGUCCGACAAUAAAAAUCCCAUAUGGGUGAGAAGCCGUAUUCCUGUCCUGAGUGCGGGAAGUAUUUUUCAGACAAGUCCCAUCUAUAAAAAAAAAAUCCUAU